GUCAGCAUGACCAAUGUUAUCGUCUACAUCAUCAUUAAUUUGCUCUGUCGGGGUUGUGUUUGUAUUGUAUAUUCUAACCUUUUGUUAAUGCUUUUGGUUUGCUGUUGUUUGUGUGCGUAGAGUUCAUUUUUCUUGCCAUACAUGAUCCUAUGGAAAGAUGAAUUAAAUAAACAACUUACUUUUUUCUCAAAGGUAAGUUAUUUCAAAAUAUAAUACCAACUAACACAAAAAAGAAAUUUUGAAAGCAGUUUUGAUAUUACUUUAAAAUUUAGAACAUGUAAACUUUGCCAUUUACCAGUUGAUGUAUCUUUACAAUUCACUUGUAAAUUCACAUUUUCUGAAACUCUAAAUAAAACAAAUCGUCGUAUGCUAGGAAGCUUGUUGAUUUCGUGGGUAAUUAACAUGAGCCUCAAAUGAUAAUGUUUUACUGUCAUAGACUGGUGUAACUUAAACCGUAUUUCCACAUUUCUAUGGGUGGGGUUCUGCCCAUUAAUAAAUUUGCAUUAUCAUUUGACGUUAAGGGGCUCCACACGGGGCCCUGCUCAUGGAAACAUUAAUUUUAACCUAAAUUAAUCAUUCACGUGCAAAUCAAAUAGCUAGAUAACGUAUGGUUAAUUGUAAAUCCCUGUUAAGUGGGAGCGGUUUGACAAGAGAUGUAUGGAAUAGCAAAAAUGUUCAUGUUCAUUCCCAUCCUAUGUAAUCAACGAUUCCAGUUUCUCUUUUGAAUAGUGCAAUCAACAACUACGUCAUAUUCCUGUUAACAUCUGAUCUUUUGUUAAUGUGCAAAUCAUUUCGAAAUUAAAGCAUUUUUUUUUUAAAAAGGACAAAUCCGGUUUGGGCAGUAUAUAUAUUGGAGUUUUAUGCGGAGCACACAUAUCGUGUCUAUUGUUACAACAAACCAUGACAAACCUGGUGAUUUUCUGUGUAGCUUUUGUCGCAUUUCUGACUUAUUCUGAAGCCUGUACAUGUCUGUCUCAACACCCACAAACCCAAUUCUGUAACUCGCAGUUCGUGGUUAAAGCUAAAGUCAUUCGUCGGGAAACUGUUAACCGAGGACGAGAAGUUGUUUAUAGUGUGAGGAUUCUGAAGGAUUUCAAGGGUGACGGAACACGCUAUUCCAAUACACAGAAAAUAUAUACCAGCACUUCAUCUGCUAGUUGUGGAUCAUAUUUCGAAUUACAAAAAGAAUACAUCAUAUCUGGUUCUAUUAAUGGACAAAAAUGGAAUACAGGCCUUUGUUCCUGGAAUACAAGGACAUCUUUUCUCACCCAAUACCAAAGAAUUGCUUUGGAUCUUGAUAUCUAUAAGAAUAGUUGCAACUGCAAGAUUGUAGAAUGUGGUUUUGGCGGAAGUCAAUGUCCACAAGCAACGGGAGUGUCGUGCGUGAUUCCAUCCAGAUCUGACGUGAACUGUUGGUAUCAGAAUAAUUCUUGCAACCUCUCUCCAUAUGGAUGUGCCUGGCAUUCCCCUGCAUGCGCUUAACCUGCACAAACUAGACACAUACUUCAACAGUGAAGGGGAGCGAAGAACAUUCGUCUGCAAUUUGAACUAAUUCAAAAAACCUUCAAGGAAUGUCUAGAAAUCCGUUAUGUAUAAUAGAUAUUGUAGAUAUUGAGCUAUUUAUCUUUGUUUGAUUUCACUUUAGUUUGUACAAUGGACGCUGAUGAUAUGAUAUGGUUAUUAUAUAUACACUCCUUG